GCUUAAUAAGCAUCACCUUUUUUUCUGUCCGCCUGCGUACGGAAAGUUUUGUUCCUCGACUUUUGUGGCUGGGCCGUAAAUUGUGUGGUUGAUCCAAAAGGCUGCUGGUCAGUUUUCGAGUGUCUUCACUGGUACAACCAAACAAAACCAAUAAAAUCUGAAGGGAAACGACAAAUGCCCAUUGAGAAGGAGGCAGAAAAAAGGAAAACCAGAAAAAAAUCGUCGCAUAUGUACAUAACUUUCCUUUAUGUGCAGGGCUCGCGUAGUUUUGAAAGGGAAAAUGCCAUGAAAUAUAGCAGGAAUGAUAUUUGAUUGGCUUUUUGGUUACGGCAAGUGUAUUAUACAACGCGUUGUUGGUUUGAUUUAAUUAAAACAAAAGUCGGGUGAGAUAUCAUCAGCGCGCCAAUUCACGAGGUGAGGUGACCGACCACAGAUCUCGAAACAGCGAUAAUUGUAGCGAUAAGUGAAUGAAAAUAAAAACGGGACAGUGCAAAACGGGUCACCAUCAUCUCUGAUCUCGAGCUCGAAGUCCAUCCAUUAAAAAAUAGAAGCUGUGCAAAACCAACAACAGUGAAAAAAGAGGCCAAUAAAUCCAGUGGAAACGAGUGCCAAUUUCUGAGUUCUCAAACUACAAUAGGAUGUGCUUCUAUCUGAAGAUUUAUUAAUAGUUUUCCAAUGCCAUCCGGAUAAUUUGGCUUCGGAUUUGAUGACACACUUGGAACGAAUUUUUGUUCUCCGACAAGCUCCAUAAGAUGGGUAAUAGUGUAAUAUUGUCACACGCGAUGGUUGGAAAUCUUCGUUCCUAAAAAUACUAACCGUACAAGUAUCUGAAAAUCAUCAGAUAAAAUUUUCGAAAAAAAAAUCCAAACAUAAAACAUAACACCAACUCCAUCCAUGCUCAUCAGGAUGGUUUACUCGUCCUGCCGCAAUAUGACUCGGGCCAAAAACUUUGCCCUGGUUGUGCUCUUCCUCGUGGUAGCGGGGAUUUUGAUCUUCAACCGCACGUCUGCAUCCUCAGACGAUGAAAGCAACAAAGAAUACUCAAGUCCGAUUUCGGAAAACGACAGCGUGUCGGUGUGUAAUGAAAAUUUCAACGACAGCCGCAAACAUCUGUACCAUCAUCAGAGCCAACAGCAGACGGGGGAAAGUGGGUCCUCGGUGAGACCGCUUCCGGCUCCGGAACCGGAACCGAUCAUCUACUUCGUGACACCGACGUACCCCCGGAGGGAACAGGUGGCGGAAAUUACCCGGCUGGGUCAAACACUGAUGCACAUUCCCUACCUGCAUUGGAUCGUGGCCGAUGAUACCGACGUUUGCAACCGGUUCCUGAACGAUCUGCUGAAGAAUUUCGGUAUCCCGUACACUCACAUAUCCAGCCCGAUGCCGGACUUCUACCGGUCAAAGAAGCAAGUUCCGCGGGGUGUUGCCAAUCGGCGAGCAGCUUUGGCGUGGAUUCGAAACAACAACCGAAAGACCGGGGUUCUCUACUUUGGAGAUGACGACAACACCUUCGAUUUGAAGCUGUUCUCCGAGAUAAGAACCACGCGUAAGGUGUCGAUGUUCCCAGUUGGUCUGAUCGGGGAUUACGCCGUUAGUACCCCGAUUGUGAAAAAUGGUCAAGUGAUCGGAUUUUUCGAUUCGUGGCCAGCCAAACGGAAGUGGCCGGUGGAUAUGGCCGGUUUUGCCGUCAACCUCGAGUACAUGGGUCUGAGUCCGAACGUGACGAUGCCCUUCAAGGCGGGCUACGAGGAGGACGCAUUCCUGCGCAGCAUCGGCCUCAAGAUGCAGGACAUCGAACCGAAGGCCAAAAAUUGCACCGAAGUGCUAGUCUGGCACACGCAAACCAAAAACAGCAAACCGCCAAAGAUACGCAUCAGCAACGGGGCCAUGCAGAAUGAUAAGAUUAGCCUGGGGGUUCUGCUGAAGCAGCUCGAAACAAUGGGUGUCAACCACAUUAGUCACUCGGAAGGCACCACAGCACAGAUCAUCAAAGACGGUAAAGCGAAAACCCUGUCGUCUUGGUUCAGCUAAUUUGCGCCCGAUUGAAUACACUACUGACGUUUCAAAGCAGGUGUUGCUGAGCGAGCAAUAUAAAACCACCAGAUAUCAGCAACAACUCACAAGGAUUUUCCUAAAUUAUUUUAAUUACUAAGAAACCAGAAACACUUUUCAACGCGAUGAGUUCGAUUCCUUAGGAAUGCUCCAUCCAAAUUUUGGAUUUAUCACUUGGACGCCACCUAGUAGCAGAUCGUGGAAUUCCUCCUAGGUUCAGUACCUACUUUUAAGUUCAAACAGUUCCAAAAGGGUGUGUCUUCAUGGCAAUUUCCCUCCUACAAUGAUAUUCAAACCCGAACAAACUCCUGCAUUAGGUUUAGUGCAACGCACAUUCUUAUCACCAUCAUCGUAUCAAACAAAGAUUGUAUAGUUACUAGAUAGAAAACACUGAAAUUGAACGAGCCCACGAUGGGUGAUAGAAGAAGAAACCUCCUAGUUGAUAAUAUUUAAACGAAACUCAUCCGAGAUUCAAUUUCGACUUAUUUAAAAUGAAUCAACCAGUAGAAAAAAAAAACUAACCCGGAAAAACGACGACACGAAAAAAGAUUCACCACAUUUAUGACCUAACGACACAAUCAGCUUAGGGUUAUGUUUGCUGUGAUAUUAGUUUAGUUUUAGUUUUCAGGAAACUGUUUCCUUACGCUGUGUUUGAAGAUUGAUUAAAUCAAUCGGAUGCUUAAUCUACGUAGUUCGAAGUUACUGUUAUGUGAUAGAACAGGAAACCAUUACGAUUGCACAAACACUCGUUAGUAAAUAGUCGUUUGCUGGGGAAAUUUGAAUUUUUCCUCACUAAUUAAGCAUUGCAUUGCAAAUUCUUUUUCAUUGUACAUAAAAAAAUCAGCAAGAUAGCAAAAAACUGACUUUUUUCCUUGAAAAUGAAAAAUGCCAUAGCUUCAACUUUCCUUUAUUCAGUCAAUUUUGAUGUUUUGAAUUUAUCUUCUUAACUUUCGUAUUUCAAUUAGAUUCUACAGUGAUUAAAGAACACAAUAAAAGACCGAGUAAUAAUUUAAAGAACGUAGAAUAUCGCGAAGUUCAUGUAAGAAUAAAUCAUUUCAAACGUAAUAAAGCAAAAAAAAAACAAUUAGUUAGAUAGUCUCCGUUAAGGGUUUUUUGGUGAAAAAGAUAAAUAAUUUAUGGAGAAAAAGAAACUCCCAGAACAAAAUAACUGAAGAAUAAAAUGUAUCACGUUGAAAAAACAUCUAUACCUACUACCUUUAACUUUACAAAUUGUCAUUGUCUAAAUUCUUACACUACUCAAAAAACAGCUAACUGUGCUUUUCGUAAAUGUUUAAUAAUGCAAACUAGGGCUCAUGAACAUAGCUAAAAGACAAUUUGAUAUUUAAAAAAAACCAAACCGACGAUUAACGAGCCAUGGUUGUGUACAUAGGAGUUCAAUCAUCGAAUGAGAUACGUUCUUUGUAGCAUUUGAAUUUGCCUUGUAACUAUUUGCUAUUUUUUCACAGCUGGAAAAUAAACCAAUAAACUUUUAA